UUGUGAACGCGAAUGCCGUUGGGCCGCCGCGCCGCGCCGCGUAGCAUCGCGAGUUAUUCGCUCACGUAAGCCGCUGCGUUAUAAGUGUGAAUGGGUUCAAAUUUUGCGUCCAUGUUCGCUACUACCAUAGAUAGACUAAACUGCAAGUUCAUGUUAAUUAUAAGAAUUUAUUUAUUUAUUUGCCUAUUUGUGUGUCCUGCUGGGAAAAGGUCUCCCCUCUCGCUUUCCAAUCCUCCCUGUGCUGAGCAAGAUCCCGCCAACCCCGCUGAAACUCUUGUCUGCUGCUGUGCCACGACUACUCUGGGGAUGCCCGCCAGCUGAGAUCAUUCAUCUGGCAGACAUGUCCAACCCAGGCCCACUUUAGCCUAAGAAAUUAAAUAUAAAAAUAACGAAGGGCCUUCUUUGGUGUCCAAAAAAUACAGAAUUCUUAAACGUGUGUAAGUCUUUUAUUAUGAACGGUACCCCUAGUGUAAAUUUUAUCGACAUCAUAACGUGACGAACGCGUUUGCGUUAAGUCUCAUUUUGUAUAGGAUUUUGAGUUUCCAAAACGUCCCGCUUGGCGCGCUCUUUCUAAAUCCAAUACAAAAUGAGACUAAACGCAAACGCGUACGUCACGUUUCAAAAUCGAAUUUAUUUACACUAGGGGUACUGAAUGAAAAGAACAUAUUUUUUCGUCAACUUAUAUAACAUAGCAAGUAGGUAGGGACGACAUUAUAUUGCAACACUCGUAACAGUUAGAUAACACGUAAACAAUCAAGAUAAUGCCGCCCGCCAGUCGCGCGCCGCCCGCCCUCCAAUCGUGACGUGUCGUGUGUCAAAUUGUGUCGAAUAUUGAACUGUCGAGUGACAUUUAACGCCAAUGACCAAUAGAUUGGAAAAAUCAGCAGAGAAUAUUCUCAAAAAUCUCCAGGAUAUUGAAAAUAAAGAAAUAAUGGAGUUCCAUGGUAACGCAUGGAGCGCGCUGGGCGGCGCCGUGGUCGGUGCUGGUUCAGUGCUGGUCGUGGCUGCGUUCAUACUGCUGUGGAGGAAGCCGAGAAAGAGGGAGCCACCGCUGCUGGCGCCGAUGGACGUGAGCCAAAGUGAAAUGUUGAUCUCCAAAGAGCAAUGCCGUGUCCAGCCGUUCAGCUCCGAAACCCGCGCAGCGAGCUCGCUCCCGCACGCCCGUCUCACUCGCACACCCUCCAUUUCAUCGCAGAGCAGUUUGGACAGCGCCACGUCUAGAGCUACGAGCCACCGUGGAUCCUCCCCGGCCAUCCGCACCUUCGCCCCCGACGGCCGCACGCUCGAGGCCGGCGGUCCCGCGCCACGCUCGCCGUCGCCGCUGCGCGCGGCCUCGCUAGACGUCCGCGCGGCCCCCAUGGCUGGUUCGCUGGCCUCACUGGCAGAUUCACCGACGCCGUCGAGCCCGAGACAUCUACCGCCAAGAUGCUUGUCGCCAUUGCUGAUGCCGCCGAGACGGAUAGACCGCAGUAAUUCCCUCGUCGAAAGCAGCAGCGGCGCCCCCCUCUCGCCUGGCGCCCCGAGCGCCCUCGGAGCCCUACAGCCGGCGUUGUACACCAAACGAGAAGCCCCCUUGCUUAUAGAGCUGGAGGGCGCGGGUCCGUCGUUGGGACGGCUGCAUCUGAGACUCAAAUACGACUUCGACCGGUCGGAUUUGGAAGUGCAUCUUAUUGAAGCCCACGACUUAGCCGGCUACGAAGCGGGGGGUUUCAACGACCCCUACGUGCGUGUGACCCUCCUGCCGUCCGUGGACACCCGCACGCGGCAGACCCCCGUGCACCGGAACGAGGCGAACCCUUUCUUCGACCAGCACUUCAAGUUUCCUGUAUCACACGACGAGCUGCGUGACAAGACGCUGCUGUUGCAGGUCUUCGACUACGACAGAUUCUCCCGGAACGAAGUAAUGGGUUCAGCUAAAGUUUCCCUUUCGCGAGUAGAAGUGGCCGGAGGCACUGAAGUAUGGGCGGAGCUGUCCCGAGAACGCAGACCGCCAGAGGAGCUGCAAGAACUGCUGCUGUCUCUUUCUUACCUACCGUCUGCUGAGAGACUGACUGUAGUUGUGUUGAAGGCAAGGAAUCUGCUGCCGCCUCAAGAAGGAAAGGAUGCAUUAGAUGUGUACGUGAAAGUGUACCUCCUGGUGAACGGCAAACGAGUAAAGAAGAAGAAGACGAACAGGAAAGAGAUAAACAAUCCAGUAUGGAACGAAGCUCUGUCAUUCAGCCUGGCGUCUGGACAUUUAAACGAGGCUUCCAUUGAGGUAUGCGUGGUGACGGGCGGCGGCAGCGGCCUGGUCGUCGGCUGGUGCUGCGUGGGCGCCGCGGAACCUGCCGCAGAAGGCCGCCACUGGGCACAGAUGGCCCAGGAGACGCGCAAGGCCGUCGCCAUGUGGCACACGCUCAGAUAGACGGCCAACGGGUUGAAGAGGCAAUGAAACAGCCGUAGCCUAGAUGACAAUCAUUUAUCGACAAACGCCAAGAAUAACUAUAGAAGUCUGACUAGAGCUCAAAAAUGAUCCCACGUCAGGGGGAGGAAACUAGAGCGUUCGGACUUUCCCAACUCCGUUCGGCUCAGCAUUGCUCCGAGCAAUUAUUAGGGUUGCCACAACUUGACUUACCUUUGCGUGCCAACAGAUAAGAUAAUUAUUCCAUAGAUAAAAAAAGGGACAACAUGAUUCGGUCCUGAAUCGCUGUCAUACUUCGGUUUUGUAGGACGUUUCCUUUCUGUACGGCAGUACUAUUAUUUAUUCUGAUCCCACGACGUGUAUUGUGUACAACGCAACAACAACGUCAAAUAUUGUAAUACCGCGCUUGAGGUUUGACAUAUAAUUUUAUUUUAGCCGAUCAAAAUUUGUGUCGCUUAACUUUAGACUCGGAUAAAUCCAUUCGACCCUCAGGAAAUAUUUACCCCAGCAUUUUCCAAACCAUUGGUAGGUGGCGAGCGAAAUUUGAGUGGGCCCUGAAACAUAAGACGACAUGACAGCAACAAAAUGCAGUUAACAAAAUUUUAGCUCUCAGCAGGGGAGGAAACUAGAGCGUUCGGGCUUUCUUGGCUGCGGUCGGCUCGGCAUUGCUCCGAGCAAUUAUUAGGGUUGGGACAACAUGACGUCCCUUUGCGUGCACGACCACAGAUAAGAUAAUUACAUGAAUUUAGACAACAAUAGGGUUGUUUCUAAUUUUUUGAAACGCUUGUAUUACGUUCUAUAUUAACUAAAAGUUGCCCUAAAAUUCAACUUUUAUACUAAAAACGGCUUUAAAUAUGUUUAAUUAACAAAAUAUAUUUUGACAGAUGCUUUCGCGCCCAAAACGCUAUUUGAAAAUCUUGUGACGUCACAGUUUACGGUUUGACACAUAACUACAUACACACGUAGAAGAUACGAACUGUCAACUGACAUCUGUCAUUUGUUGUUUAUCCCCUAACUGUCAACAGUGUCAAUCCGAGAGUUGUAAUGACGUUUCGAGUUUGGUCACGUGACGUGUGCCAAAAGAUAUUUUAAAUUCAAUAUUUACAAAAAUAUGGUCAUUACAGGUCCCCUAAAAGUAGUUUAACAAGUUCUUAUAAUCUAAAAGAAUUUAUUGGGAUACAAUUCUGCCCUAAGAUUUGUAGAUGGAAACAACCCUAUU